CUUGUUGCCCUUGCCCUUUCCAAUAUUCACCCCUCAACCAACUUACGACACCUCCCUCGUCGAAGCCGCGUGGUAUACAUACCUGCGCAAUCUGCUGUGAUCGGAUACAGGAGUGCUUCAGAGACAGAUCCCUGGCGCAUACUUGCCCUCGUCUGAUCCAUCGGGUCCGCCAGUCUCCUCGACACAGAAGAACCUCGUCCCGGUUCCCCACCGCGAACGCCCUCCCCUCGUAGCAGCGAUGGCAGAAACAGCAGGGUCGCCUAUUGGCAUUGCCAACCUGCCAAACCAGCGCCACAAAAUCGUGGCCAAGCGAGGUGCUGCCUUCACGAUCAUGGUGGCUGGUGAGUCUGGCCUCGGAAAGACCACGUUCAUCAACACUCUUUUCAGCACUACGAUCAAGAACUACGCCGACCACAAGAGACGUCAUGCAAAGCAGAUUGACAAAACUGUCGAGAUCGAGAUCACAAAGGCAGAGCUCGAGGAGAAGUUCUUCAAGGUCCGCCUGACGGUCAUCGACACACCGGGCUUUGGCGACUACGUGAACAACCGCGAUAGCUGGCAGCCAAUCAUAGAAUUUUUGGACGAUCAGCACGAGAGCUACAUGUUGCAGGAGCAGCAGCCAAAGCGCAGCGACAAGAUCGACCUGCGUGUGCACGCUUGUCUGUUCUUCAUUCGCCCAACUGGCCACACCCUGAAGCCGUUGGACAUCGAGGUCAUGAGACAAAUGGCGACCCGCGUCAACCUCAUUCCGGUCAUUGCAAAAGCAGACACCCUCUCUCCAGGAGACCUCUCCCGGUUCAAGCACCGCAUCAGGAGCGUCAUCGAGGCACAAGGCAUCAAGAUCUACACUCCGCCGCUCGAGGAAGACGACGAAGCUGGUCUCCAGCACGCCCGCAGCUUGAUCUCUGCUAUGCCCUUCUCCGUCAUUGGUUCCGAGCGUGAUGUGAACACCCCAGACGGACGCACUGUCAAAGGUCGACACUACCACUGGGGUGUUGCCGAAGUCGAGAACGAGGAGCACUGCGACUUCAAGAAACUACGCGCUAUCCUCAUUCGCACACACAUGCUCGACCUGAUCCAUACCACCGAAGAAAACCAUUACGAAGUGUACCGAGCGUCGCAGAUGGAGACCAGAAAGUUUGGCGAGGCAAGACCUCGAAAGCUGGACAACCCCAAAUUUAAGGAGGAGGAAGAGUCGCUCCGCAAGCGCUUCACGGAACAAGUCAAGGUUGAAGAGCAGCGCUUCAGACAGUGGGAACAGAAGCUGAUUGCUGAGCGUGAUCGUCUCAAUAAGGAUCUUGAGCAGAGCCACGCUGUGAUCAAGCAGCUCGAAGCCGAAGUCGAAGGUCUGCAGGGUAGCAUGUCAAGGACUAGUCGUCGUUAAGCUCGAGAUGCUACGAAGAUCAAAGGCCGAUGCACAAAGAUUUUACCGACCAGGCUACGGCAGGACUGUGUCGAUCGCAAUAGAUGAACAUACCAAGCUUGCUUGCAUCUGCCGGUCGCCAGGUUGUGACGGAGUGGAGUGGGCUCUCUUAGGUUGGGUUCACAAGGCGCGAAGAUACCUCUACUGCUUUCAUUGUGUUUGUUUAAGCAGAAUCAUGGAAAGCUACUUAGCGAGGGUGUUGCGAGUCGGAGGCCGACGGGCGUUGAUCAUAGCUGUUUGAUACGCGCUCAAAAGUAUCAAGUGCAUAGUAUAUUCGAGAGAUUUAAUAUCAGCUGAACAAUUCAUGUCGUUGGCGUUAUAGAA